AUUAGAAGUUCGCCAUGCUAAUGUAGCCGUAACUGCGACAUAGCUUAGUUAAACAUCGAGGCGAUGCACUUAUAUUACAAAUUCACAUUUACUUAAUCGUUUCCUUUUCCGGUAUAUUCACUUGAGUCCAAAAGUCACGUGAUAAAGUUAUGCGUAUCCAGAGUCGGGUUACGUACGCGUCGAUCAUAUCGGCGCCUCGUUCAGAAAAUGCGGAUCAUCUGCGCGUAGUCCACGCCUCCGAGGCCGCCAGAUGUUUAUUGAGUAUCCAAAGCGAACGUCUAGACGACUACCUUUACACACACUAGCACUCCCGUUUACAUGCAGACACGAGGAGCAGCUCACUUUUACGACAAUACGAUGAUAUCUGAAUGAGAAGAUAUGAGGAGUGGAGUAUAUUGUUAAUAUCCCGCUGCAUGAAUAGUCCUGUACGAAUUUGUUUUAAUCGAACGACACGGCUCCCACGCUCAUUAUUCAGCGGGUUAUAAAACAGGACUUGAUCCAGCGCGUCCUCGUAUUGUGCAUUGUAUUUAUUCAUUUAUUUUUUUACGACUCGCGCCGACCGCUGUUAUACUCGCAGAUGAAUAAAGCAACGACAUUCUCCAUCGAGGUCUUAAGAUCAUGACACGUAGGUGAUUUCAUCACACUUUUAAUCCAUCAUUCGACGCUGAUGUUUGGGUAAAUCCGACGCGCUCUCCUGUUACGCUUACAGCUCACGGCGUCAUUCAUAAAAAUGUCGUCCCGGAGAAGCGACGUCUGAUUAAUCUGUGCACUUUAAAGAGACAAUACUAUGUUUAUGUACUUAACACGGUUUGAAUUUUUGCGUAUUUACAGCCGAAACGUACAUUUCAGCAUGACGUUUGACGUGUAAACUGUGCUGCUGGACUUUACUACUGCUCCUCAAUAGAGCUGACCGCAACUGAGCAACUAGAAUGCACUUAAGUUCAACUUUGAGUGCGACUGAGACACGCCCCUUUUCUCAGCAAGCUCCUCCCCACACGCAUAACUUUCACGCAACUUGUCAACAACGCUUACGUCCGUAGUUAUGCCUGAGGUCCGAGUACAGCUCGUCCUAAAGGUUACGCAGUGAAGACGCUAAAACGUCAAUAAUCGUAUAAUAGUAAUAAUAAUAAGAAUAGUUUAAGGUAAGGGAAAGCUUCGACAGCGCUGGGAAAAAGAUGGUCUGUGAAACUUUACUAAUCUGUAACGCUGUAAUUAAACGAACUGGAUGUGUGAAGGAAUCACCCAGGCGUCAUAAAUGCCUCUUUGUUCUGUUAAAGCAGACGUCAUGUUCAUUAGAGCCAGUCUCCGUCCGUGUGUGACCUCGCACUCGCACAAGUGGAGUCCUGAUGAUAACAUUUUUGUCAUUACUGUAUCGUCAGUCUUGCCUGCGUGAUGAAAUCAGGAAUGCGAGGCCGCAGUUUCGGGGGCCGGUUGCAACGAGGUUAAAUAAAUAAAUAAAUACACCGAGGAAUCUCGGGGGUUUAAUCGCUGUUUUAUUUCAGUUACGAAACUCAAAACACAAGGGAAGAUAGAUUUGGAGUGAGUUUUUGAGUGAGCAGAUGAAUUUUUUAUUAUUUUUUUAAAAAAAGCAGGCCCUCCAGGAACUCCGCGAUAUCCGGAGGAGCUUCCAGUUUUUCGACAUGGCCGCAGAUUUACCGCCGAUUCGGGCCGCGUGACGUCGUCACGACACUCAGUCGUGCAAAAGCCCUCUUCGAUUCGAGUUCAGCUAAAAGGUCUCGUUUACCAACAAACAAGUACAUGCAAUUGCAAUUUCACCAAUUCGAGUAGCACAAAAAAAAAAAAACGUAAAUAUUUUCGGGCACAAAAUCACACAAAAAAAAUCCCCUCGAAAUUCUGUACGGGGAAAUAAAAAAACCCCUCUGUAAAUUAUUUUAUAUACAUAGAUCCUUGUUCGUCCUUCAUGUUGCGCCUUUGUUCUGCAGGAGUAUAAAUUAUUUAGGUUGCCAUCAGCAACGCGCGCUUUCAACGCACAGAAAAGUGCAUUAACAGCACAUCAGCGCUUUAACCGGAAGCCUGCGUCGCACCAAUUAGCUUUCAUAAAUAAUCAACCCCCACCAGAAGGGGUUAAAUGUCGUCUGCCGCCCCCUCAUCCGGUGCCAUGAGACCCCUGCGAUGGGUAUUCGGUUGUAGAGAAUGUUCUAUUUAUAAUACAUCGCUGCAAUAAAUUGGCCAGUCUGUCUUACAGGAAUUACAGGGUUGCCAGAUUGGAUUUCACUUCAGUCAGGAUUGUGGAGCCGUUCGGUUCAUUUGAAAUCAAUCCGAUCUGUAACUUUGCUAAAUAAAACGUAAGAGGACUUUUCAGCCCCAUUUGAUGAAGCCUGAAGACUGAAAUCCACCCAAAAUAAGAGUCUAUCAAUCAAUAGGUGAUUCCUUAUUCUAUACGUGUAUGUAUAUAUUUCUGGAGUGAGCAUGUCCUCCCUGUGCUUUGGGGGUUUCCUCCAUGUACUCCGGUUUCCUCCUGCAGUACAAAAACGUGUUGUAGGCUGACUGGCGUUUCCAAAUCGUCCGUCGUGUGUGAACGGGAUGUGUCCCAUCCUGGGUGUCCCCUACCUCGUGCCGCGAGUUUCCUGGGACAGUCUCCAGGCUCCAUGCGACCCUGUGUAAGAUAAGCGGUGCAGAAAAUAGAUGGAUAUUUUUUCCACAUAGUAAGAAAAUGCAUGUCCUCCCCAUAUCCAUGUGGGUUUGUUCUGUGUUCUUCUCUACCCGCUAUCCAAAAACAUGCCAGGAAAUGGAUUGGCUCUGGACUGGCGUCCCAUCCGGUUUGUAUUCCCGCCUCACACCUAGCGUUCCAGGGAUAGACUCGGAUCCGGAUCCACCACGGAAAAAAAGCCUUUACUGAAGUGGAAUGAGAGAAUGAAUGAUUAGAAAAUUCCAGUGCAGAUUUUCCUGCGGGACUUCUGGGGAAACUUGCUCAUAUUUGUCAUCUACCGAGCAACCAAACCUGUCUGAAUACACCGUAACAAUGAGAACUGUUUUGUUAAUCACUAACGUUAGUUAACCAGCACACAGGUUCUAUGGCUGCAAUUUUUUUCUCGUACCCGGUCAUUCUCUGAUCUCUGCCGUGAUUGGUCCAAAAAACGUGCAUUAAUUAGUGACAUCACUAGUACUGAGAGUGUCGCUGGAAAAAUCCCAAUUUAGAGCGAAAACAAUUGAGAUGUUGUGCAAAGUGUAGACUUGUCCGAAUUAUAUGAACGAUGUCGGUGGUGCUACAACUUAAUCCCUAUUUGGAUUGCAUUAGUUAUAUCAUCAAUGACAUUUUGACUCUCUGAAAGAAAAUAAAGACGCCCUAACAUGCAAAAUUCCCAGUAUGCUGUCCAUUUCCACCACGUACGCUUUUUUGUUUAUUGAGUUCCUGCGUUGUAAUUAUGACACUGUCGUGCCAUUAUAUGUGCGUUCACCUUGAAAUGACGAUAUAUAUUUACAGGAUUGAACGCAGCAUAAUCCCUGGACACACACUAAAAAACUUAGCUGGGUCGUGGGUGGGUUGUUGUCAAUCUGGCAACCCGGACAAUCAGCUAUGAGCCUUUAAUGCCAGAGUGCUUCACUUCCAGUGUGCGCUCACCUCAGAGCUGAGACUCGUCAUAGAGAGGAUGUCGGAUGAGAAUAGACUCGGAUAAAACAGGAUUGUUCUCUCGGAUAUUUAAAGAAUAACAAAUAAAUAAAUAAAUAAAUAAAUAAAUAGAUAGAGGUUUCGAUUCGGAUUUCCACCUGAGACCUUGACAGUGAAGAGUGAAGAAAAUGCCAGAGAAAAAAGCGUUUCAGCAGCAGGCCGUACACGGCUCCCUGGAGCAGCAGCAGCAGCCCAAGCCUCACGCCCAGAGCGGUCCGAUCCUGUGCCAGAACUGCGGCCAGGCCUGCAAGGGCGAGGUGCUGCGCGUGCAGAACAAACACUUCCACAUCAAGUGCUUCAUCUGCAAAGUAUGUGGCUGUGACCUGGCUCAGGGAGGCUUCUUCGUGCGGCAGGGCGAGUUCAUCUGCACUCUGGACUACCAGCGUCUCUAUGGCACACGCUGCUUCAGCUGCGAGCAGUUCAUCGAGGGAGAGGUGGUGUCCGCGCUCGGCAAGACGUAUCACCCACGAUGCUUUGUGUGUGCUGUUUGCAAACAGCCAUUUCCUGCAGGCGACCGCGUGACGUUUAACGGGAAAGAGUGCAUCUGUCAGAAAUGCACCCAGCCUCCGCCUGCCAACAGCUCAGCACCCGCUCAGGCUGUCCACAAUUGCUGUGGCUGUGGGAAGGAGUUUAAGAACGAGCAGUCGCUGGUGGCUCUGGACAAACACUGGCACCUGGGCUGCUUCAAGUGCAAAGUGUGCAACAAAGUGCUCAAUGCCGAGUACAUCAGCAAGGACGGAAUUCCGUACUGCGAGAUGGACUACCACGCCAUGUUUGGCAUCCAGUGUGAGAGCUGCAAGAAGUACAUCACAGGGAAAGUGCUGGAGGCUGGAGAUAAACAGUACCAUCCGGCAUGUGCCAGAUGUGUGCGCUGUGAGCAGAUGUUCGGAGAAGGGGAGGAGAUGUACCUGCAAGGUACUUCCAUGUGGCACCCUGCUUGCAGACAGGCAGCUCGAAUGGAGGAGAAAAGUAAGAAACAUGUGCGGAUACAGCUCAAUGACAGGAUUCUGAGUGUACCUGAGCAGCAGGUGACCAGGACGUCCUCCGAGAGCAUCACUUCGGUUCCUCCAUCCAGUGCGUCUGGAUCUCCGAGCAGAGUCAUCUAUGCAAAGCUGGGCGACGAGUUGCUGGAUUAUAAAGACCUCGCGGCUCUUCCUAAGAUAAAGGCCAUCUAUAACAUCGACAGGCCCGACAUGCUCUCAUACUCGCCUUAUGUCAGCUACCCGGCAGAGGACAGGACCUACGUAGAGUCCCCGCAGUUCCUCACCCCGACUCCGACAGAGGGAGAUGGGGAAAAAUCCCCCCGUCAGAGAAGACCCUCCAGCCCCAGCUCUAACAGCUCUCUGGGCGGUUACGGCCGCUAUACACCGUCCCGCUCUCCACAGACCUACAGCAGACCAGAACAAUAUGAGAGCAGUAGGUACACCCUACCACCAGGGAAUUCCAACGUGUUACCCGCGGGCCGAUAUUCUGGCCAGGGGACACCCAGAGACUCGUCUUCACUGCCCUUGUACUGCAAUAGUUGUGGUAGAAGUACCCCACAGAGUCUUUCUCUGAACCCCACCACCCUGGCCAUGCUCCAACAGCACAACUACAUCCCAUACUUCAGAGGCAGUGAAAGUGGUCGUAGCACCCCGAGCAUCUCCACCUACUCUGAUGGCAAAUCUCCGUCCUCUACAUACGUGGCUGCACCUAAGCAUUUCCACAUCCCAGCCUCCAGAACCUCCUGGCAAGAUGGAGAUGAUGUGGACAGAAAGACCAGAACUAGUUGGACGCUUCUGAAGAGUCAGAGUGAGGGACAGUCGCCGGACAUUGACCCCAGGACCUCCACUCACAGCCUGCCCACGGACAUGUCUCAGCCCAGUUUCCCCUACAAUAAGUCUGCUUCACUCCCAGGCUACGGGCACAACGGCAUCUACAAGGCGGCUGAUCUUGGAGAGGAUGAGCACGACUCCAACUGGGGGGCGAUGAGAGAGUACAAGGUGUACCCGUAUGACAUGCUGGCUGUGACGCACAGAGUCAGGGUGAAGCUUCCGCGUGAUGUGGACCGCACCAGGCUAGAGAGGCACCUGUCUCCGGACGAGUUCUUCCAGGUGUUCGGGAUGACCAUCGCACAGUUCGACCGCUUGGCUCUGUGGAAGAAAAACGACCUGAAGAAAAAAGCCCGCUUGUUCUAAUAACCACCACCUCCAUCGACACAGCCGACCCCACCACCCUCGUUACGCCCCCGAGUGAACUGAGAGCGGAGAGAAACGAGGAAUGUCUCCUCAAUCGGUCGACGUACAUGCAGAGACGAGAGAAAGAGUGAACUAUAUAUAUAAAUAUAUAUAUACAUAUACAUACACGCACUUCCUUUCUGCCGCGCUGCGUACCCGCUGUCAUUACGCCGGAGAAAGGAGGAGUGUGUUAUAUACGCCGUCGCUCACAGCCUCAGUGUUAGCCAUGAUAGCUUUCUGUGUGAAGAGUUCCACAUUAUAUCUGUUCCGAUGGGGAAAGAAAACGAUGUACAGUGUGUACGUCUGUCCUGUUCCCUGUUCCCGCUCACGUUUCAGAUAACCGCAAUAAGGAUCUAUACGUGAGGUAUAUAAGCUGUAUGGAUUUCGACGGAACUGUUGCUGUGUGUGUGUGUGUGUGUGUGUUUGCUAUGGAAAUCCCUCCAUGUCCGUUUUUAUUCAAUAAUUACCAUUUGUUUUUCUCUGUUUUUCAAUUCCAUACAGGAUUUAGCAAAAAAAAAAAAACCCACAAAAAAAAACAACAACAACAACAACAACCAGGAUUUAAAUUUUUUAGUGUGAUCGAUUUCGCUGCGGCUUUUAAAAAAAAAAUUUGCGGAGUUAUUUUCGUGCUUUUUGUUUUUUUUUUUGGUGGAAAACUACUCGGAUCGCACGUAACUGUUUUGUACGGUCUUUCACAGCGAUGUUUGUCGGUAAAUCAGACCGUUUAGCUGUACACGUGAAUCGAAGAGGGCGUCAGACGCCGGACGGCGCGUCUCGGCCCGGACCUGCGGAAAACCUGCGCUGAUUUUGGAAAAUCGCACGCUCCUCCGAAUACCGUAGCGUUUGCUUGGUUUUGAGUUCAUUUCUGCGCUCGCGAACUCAUUAAAUCCUGCCGGGACUGGGACUCUAUUUACAAGCGUUAGCUUUAGAUCCAUCGACAUACAGACAUGUUCGUCUGUUAAAGCUGUAACACUGACUCGGUAUAGCGUAUACGUCACUCAUCACAGUUAGCUCGCUAGCUUGUUGCUAACAAAAGACAAAACGAGGAGGCGUCCAUCCCCCCCCCCCCCCCCCCCCCCCACACACACACACACACACUUCAUAUGUGGUAAAAAAAAAAUGGCGUCAUUCCAACCUGCGAACGAACAGUUAUGAGGAAAGUCGAACGCGUCGUGUUGUACGAUUAGCCACACCCACAAAGCUCACGGAGAGCUGAAAACGACAAAACGGCGAUUAAACGCUGAGAGCACGUGACGGAAGUGCGGCGUGAGCUGCGUCUUCCGAAUCCGCGGCUCGGCCAAUGCGGCUAGUCGGCUACUACAGACGCGCGUAAACACCGCCUUCUUUUCUUUUCUAGGGUGCCAUUACUUUUCUUCUAACGGAAUGCCUAGUCCGUUUUUUUUUUUUCCCGUCUUCAUUUACGGAUCUUUCAGAUCAUCGACGUCAAACGAAAGCGUCUGGUUCAGCUGACGUGCGAGUGAGGUCCAUUUAAACUCGACAGCGUGGGCCAUAAAUAUUUAAAAUCUCAGAAACAAAUCUCAUCGGCGGUUUUAAGGUUUUAUCUAUUUCCUUUAAACGGAAUAUAUACACAAACGUAGGAUACGAAAGGGUUUUUUUUUUCUUCGGAAUAAUUGGAUUUUUGUGUAAAUGCACCUAUGAACAAUUUACGAAUGAAGUCGUUCGUCUCCAGGACUGUUAAUGAGCUGCGUGUGCCAUGCGUUAUUACACGUAUAUGUACACGUCUAUAACAAGUGGCGUAAAUUCAACAGAAAAUAUCAUUAAUUCAUUCAUUGCGAUUGUUUUUCUGACAGCUGAAUGACCGCGACAGGGUUGUACGCCGACAUACUCCGCCUCUGUGACACCUGGUCCUACGUUAGAUAUUUAUCACGCUAGCUAAGGUUUAUUAGACGCCUACUGGCGUGAGUUCAGUGCGUCAGCCAUCGUCUCACAAAGCACCGUCGACCGCAUACGUUUUCUUUUUUUCGGAAUGUUUUGCACUUGAUUUUUGCCACGAAACUCACUAAACUCUUCAUCAUCGCAGAUAGAGACACGCCAAGGUUACUUUCGACUGUAACUUUACACUCAUAUACAUAUAUAUAUAUAUAUAUGUGUGUGUGUGUGUGUGUGUAACAAUAAGCAUUUGUGAAGCGGUUCAGCGAUGCGUCACUGCAAACCAAACGCUGCAUUUUUGCGUUCCCUGUUUCCGAGUAAAUGUGUGUACAUUUAUGAAAUAUAAAAAAUAGUCAGCGCAUGAUAUGCUGAUGAAAUAUCAUCACGUGUUCGGGCGGGAUUGUACCCGCGCAUCCUUUCGUAAAUGGGUGGUUGUUUUUUUUUGCUUUAAAUCAAUUCAGAAAUGGGAUUUACGAAAAGCCUUAAUCGCGUGGGUGCGAAGUGAGGAAUUGAGUAAUACACUCUCCAUUGUUCAUCGCUCACAAAAUUUCAAACGUGCAUAUGCAUGAGCGUUUACGUCUAAAUGAAUGUCGAACUGUAGCUUAAAGUAAAUUUAGCAUUGAUUAAAAUGCCUUUGGGGUGAAGGUUCGAAUCAUGUAAGGAUUGAUAAAGACUAUCUUGGCCAUUAUUUUGUGGGAAUUAUUAUUAUUAUCAUUAUUAUUAUUAUUAUUAUUAUUAUUAUUAUUAUUUUUGGUGUUUCUUUCUUUCUUUUUUUAAAGGUGCAGUUUGUAAUGUUUAAAAAAAAAUGUGUCUGGACCUGUAAUAAUCGUAUACCUUUAGAGGUAACCUGAGUAAACAUUUCAUUCAGAAUAUUACCUUUUAAAAUCUAUUUCAUUUUAUUUUUUAAGCCUAGUGUUUUCAUUGUUCUGGCCCUGAAAUUAGCUCCAAGAAGGUAUUGCUCAGCCCCGCCUUGUUUUUCUGUUUGUUUUUUUUUUUUCUUAAAAGGCACCGUGCAUGGCUAAAGUGGUGGGAAUGUUUUUGAUUUACAGCCUUGUUAUGCAACGUAGCCGGCUAGGUUUAAAAAUAAAUAAAUAAACAAUCAAGAAUCUAUCGUUUCGAGUGAAAAAAUAUAUUACUCUUUUCAUUUUUCUCUCCCUGAAAUAAGCUUCGAACCCGUGCUGCUCAGCCUCGCCGCUUUUUUUUUCCGUAAAAAAGGCACCUCACGUGCCCUAAGUGGUCAGUUCUGUUUUUAUUAAAAGUGCAGUUCACCACACAAGCAGCAGAGGGCUCUGAAAAUGACAGAUUGCUCCUUUAAAUGAUGUCUAUGGUGGGGAUUUUUUUGUUUCGAUAUCAUAAUCUUUACAUUUGAAUAUAUUUUACUGCAAAGCAAUAGAAUAUGUCAUCACAUUUAUGUAACGUUAUGAGUGCAUACGCGUAAUCAUUUGAAAAAGUUAUGUUUAUGAAGUGUCUUGUCAUGGCCAGAUUUUUCCUCUCACGGGGAAGGGCGUAUAUAUUUUUGUCAUUUCCGUGAAUAAAUUUGUGCAGGAAAGGUUCCUUGAUGGACCACGCUGUGUUGGGUUGCAUGGAAAUUUUGCUUUAUUUGAACAGUUGUGUGUGUGUGUGUGUGUGUGUGUGUGUGUGUGUGUGUGUGUGUGUGUGUGAAAUAAGUCAAAUACAGAUGUUCAAUCUGCUUUUCUGUCUCUUUACUCUUGAUAAAACAGUGAAAAAGUGGAAAUCAGGACCCUCAAGAGCUCGGCUCAUAACUCCGCUCGCUUUCCUGUCAGCCAUGCAGGGAUGUAAUCAGCAUUUCUAUUUCUUCUUUUUUUUUUUUUUUUUUUUGGGACUGUGUGAUUAUAAAAUAUUGGCUCAUAACCCUAUUUAAACAGUAUCAGUGAAAGCAGAAGAGCUGCAUUACUGAUUAUGAUUCAUACUUUUUGGACCGAUUGAGAUUAUCCAGACCAUGUUCAUGUUUUUCAUUUAUAUCUCCUGCCUUUUUGUUUCCUUCUGGUUUAUAAACAUGUCUUUGUGUUGUUAUACACAGUGAAUGUAACACGAAAGCUCCAGACACUGAGAUGCCAAUUACACAAUUUUGUGCGUGUAUGUGUGUGUGUGUGUGCGCGCGUGUGUGUGUGUGUGUGUGUUUGUUUUAUUGAACUAACAAUUGCAUAACCACAGAUACGUCUUUAGGCCAAUGCUGUGAUUUUGAUGUACUUGUGGCUGUGCAGCGGUUUAAGAAAUAUGAAGGUUUAAUACAAUAUUGUUACUUAAACCUUUGUUUUUCUUUUUCUCUUCAUUUGCUUUGCCGGAUUGCAAAAAACAAGAUGUUUAUCUGUCAAUAAAUGUGUCAUACAG